AUGUCCCGGACAACCAGUCAGUUCCUGUUCAGUUGGUGGAAGAGCCGGUGUUUCCCUUGGAGGCAGACGAGAAAGCUGGAACGAGACGGAGGUACCGAGCUCAUGAAAGAGGAGCUGGACAUAGAGACCAAGCGGGAACAAGAUGGCCUGGACUUUGAUCAUAAACAUGAGUUUUAUCGCAACCGUCUAAGGCAAGAUGAACGAGCGGCUCAUGAAGCUAGGGUUUCGAAGUUGAUGGUGGUUCCGGACGUGGCCUUGAAAAAGGCGGCCAACGAGGACCUCUACACCGAGAACGUGGAGGAGUUACUGGAGAAUCUGAAGGGGCCACUGACCGUGACCCACACCGUGGCUUUGGUAGAAGUGAAGAAGCAUUUGGCAAAGUGGAUUCCCAGCUUGGAAAAGGAGAUUGGUAACCUCGAAGGCAAUGGCACCUUGAAGAGGAUACCGCUUGCCAAGGCGAAGGAGCUUCAGGACAAAGGCGAGUUGGUGAUCGUGCCGGGGAAGACAGUGCAUACAGUCAAGCCCCCCGACCCCGUGAAGGCGAAUGAGGUCUCCAAUGAGGAGGAGGCAACGCCAGCGUGGUUCAAGAGGAAAUCACGGAUGGUUAUCUGCGGCAACUUCAUAAAGAAUGAAGUGGAGGUUUAUGCUGCGGCUGCCAAUGCUGAGUCAGUGAGGUGUGCCUUGUCAGUUGCAGCUAAGAAGAGGUGGCUGGCAGCAAUCUCCGACAUCAACCAGGCCUUCACCUUAACUCCGAUCAGCGAGGCCGACACGAGAUAUGCCGUCCUGGCUCCAAAGGUCUUGGCAGAGGCUGGCUGUGUCCCUCCUGGCACUGCGUAUCUUGCGGAAAGGCUUUUAUAUGGGCUAAGAGAAGCUCCUCGUCUAUGGGGUGGAUUUCGAGACAAGCGGUUCAGGAAUGCCAAGAUCAAGAUUGGUGAUGGUGUCUUUCGCCUAAUCCAGUUGGAGACCGAUGCGGCGGUUUGGAAGCUGGUAAGGGACGACCCCUUGAAGACGCUUGAAGAGUUUGCUACGGUCGAGGCCCUGGCUCUGGUCAUCGUGUAUGUUGACGACGUGAUGUUCUUGGGGGAUGAAGAGAUGAUCCUCGCGUUGUAUGCCUGGGUGACUGAAGGCGCGGAGGGUGAACAGUGCGGGUGGAAGUGCUCGGCUCUGGAAUUUGUCCGUGAAAAACCAGUAAGGUACUUGGGCAUGGAGCUUAGGUGCAAGGUGAGGGCAAGUUCACGUUCUUCCAUGCCAGUCAAGGAGGAUACAUUGAGGACCUUCUUCGAGAAUACCAAGUUGAAGAAGGAGCAGUAUCGAAAGUCCCCGCGACAAGAGAAACUAUGCCGUUGGAGUUUGAUGAUGAAGAAGGGGCAAUCGGCCUCACUCCCUCGGACGAGUCAGUUAGACUGGCCCAAAAGGCCAGAGGCUGCGCUCAAGCUUGCCGAGCUAGCAAGGAAAUAUCUUGCUGGCACUCGAACGCUAGGCCUUACCUUUGUUGGUGUUGGUGAACCGGUGACUGUGUACACAGACACGUCCUACGCGCCACAAGCUGGAAAAAGCCAUGGCUGCAUAGCAACUGCAUUGUUUGGAUCCUUUGUGAUGUGGCGGAGCGCUAAGCAACCCGUCAUAAGUCUUUCAGUUGCAGAAGCUGAAUUAGACGAGGUGGUGGCGGGCUUUCAGCAGGGCUUGUCUAUAAAGACUUGGAUUGAGGAGGUGAUUCCCAACAUCGGUGUCCGGAUGAAAGUGGAUAAUACCGCUGCCUUGGGACUGGCUUCAACCAGUCCUGGUUCUUGGCGGACAAGGCAUCUGCGUGUCCGGGCAAGGUUCCUACGACAAGAAGCAGCCGAAGGGCGACUAGAGUUGCCCCUGGAGAAAGCCAAGCGGCGGACUUGGGAACGAAGCCGGAUGAGUUCGGCAGAAGAGUUCCUGGGCGGUGUCUGCCAGGGUCCGCUAGAUUCAGAGAUCGCGAUCAAGUUGAUGACGGUAGACGGCAGUCUGGAGUUCUAUGGCAGUAUCUUGAGGCUUCACUGGACGGAGAGGAAGAAGAAGGCGAACGUCAGGCGCCGUCGUCGGGCACGAGUGUCAGAAGUGUUGGUCAUCCGGAACAUGUACUACCUCGAGGACCAGCAGUAUGGGCCAGGCAGUUGUCCUGAUGGCUUUCUCCUUCUCAUCCACUACCUUAUCUGGAUGGUACGCCUGUACGGCUACCUGACGUCAGUCGCCGUUGUAAGGGACAUUGGCCGUGAUGGUGUAGAAGCUUGA